ACCACAAUUACCUCCACACCACACAAAAUGUUAUUCUCCAGUGAACAAAACCGUUUACCAAUUAAUUCUUCCCCGCCAAUUCCAGCAGUUGCGCACCAACACGUAUCAAGAAUUCGAGACAGAUCGAUCGGUAGAGCAUGCAAAAAGAGAGGCCAUGAGCAGCAGCAUGGACUCGUCGGAGCUGAGGAAGGUGUUCCGGAUGUUCGACAAGAAUGGCGACGGCCGGAUCACCAAGAAGGAGCUGGGCGAGUCGCUCAAGAACCUCGGCAUCUACAUCCCCGACGAAGAGCUCGACGCCACCAUGGACAAGAUCGACGCCAACGGCGACGGCUGCGUCGACGUCGAGGAGUUCGGCCUGCUCUACCGCUCCAUCCUCGGCGAGGGGGGCCAGGGGGCCGACGGCGGCGACAAGCACGACGAGGAGGAAGACAUGCGGGAGGCGUUCAACGUCUUCGACCAGAACGGCGACGGUUACAUCACCGUCGACGAGCUGCGGUCCGUGCUAUCCAGCCUCGGCCUCAAGCAGGGACGCACGGCCGAGGACUGCCGCAACAUGAUCAGCAAGGUCGACGCCGACGGCGAUGGACGCGUCAACUUCAAGGAGUUCAAGCAGAUGAUGCGCGGCGGCGGAUUUGCCGCGCUAGGUAGAUGAUCAGAGGAGUGGACGAUGCCUUCAUUGGGCCGAUGGCGUGGGGGCGUUGUAGAUAUUUGAUUAACAGCUUGACAUGGUAGUGCGGCAAUCUGAUUGCACGUGUGAAUUAA